AUGGUGACAGUGCAAGAUGAGAUGCGCAAGGGGCCAUGGACAGAGCAGGAAGACCUGCAACUGGUAUGCACUGUCCGCCUGUUCGGUGACCACCGCUGGGAUUUCGUUGCCAAAGUCUCAGGCCUUAACAGGACAGGCAAAAGCUGCCGCCUCCGGUGGGUCAACUACCUCCACCCUGGCCUCAAGCAUGGGCGCAUGUCGCCACAAGAGGAACACCUUAUUAUUGAGCUCCAUGCUCGAUGGGGUAACAGGUUUGAUACAAAAGAAGACCUUACUAAAGCAGCUUUUUUUCAUCUACAACAGAUGAAACGCACUAACACCCUCUCUAUGUAUAGGUGGUCUAGAAUAGCACGCAGACUGCCAGGGCGUACGGACAAUGAGAUUAAGAACUACUGGAGGACACACAUGAGGAAGAAAGCACAAGAGAGGAAGAUAGACAUGUCACCUUCUUCCUCCUCAUCAUCAUUUACAUACCAAUCCUGCCUCCUUGAAACUGCACCAAUAAUCAGGAUGGAUGGAGGCAGCACUCAUAAUGGCACAACCUGCUUCUCAAGUGUACUUAAGAGCAACCAGAGUGUCAUGGAUGGAUAUUCUAUGGACCAGAUAUGGAAGGAGAUCGAGGCACCGGCCAUGCUGCCUAUUGAUGAUAAAGCAUGCAGCAAUCUCCCAUGUCCUCUGCUGCCAUCUCCUAUGGGAGAUCGCUACUGCCCUCCUGAGGUAGUCUGGAAGAUGGACAAUGGUGAUCUCAAGAUGUUAGCUCCACAAUUUGGUUAUGGUAAUGGAGAACGUUCCUGCUAUUGA